AUGUAUUCAAGCUGUUGUCUGCCUGAUGACAUCCCUGAAAAGUGGAAGCAUGAGCAGAUGUCAGUUCAGAUGUUUGAUGACAUUGUGAAGCGUCUGAAGGCUGAGAAUGAAGACGUGUUGAAAGAACAUGGACUGGAUGAUAAAGACAUCACCUUCAUUAAAGAGUUAAUCGAAGGGGCAAAAACAUCAGAGUGGACAUAUGAAGGCAGAGAUGAAGAAAAAUCCUUCCUGUAUGAGAUUGUGGCAAAUAAACAGAAUGGAAUUGAUGUAGACAAAUGGGACUAUUUUGCACGAGACUGUCAUCACCUCGGCAUCCGAAACAGUUUUGAUCAUCAGCGUCUGCUGAAGUUUGCUCGAGUCUGUGAAGUGAACGGGAGAAAUCUCAUCUGCUUCAGAGACAAGGAGGCUGAUAAUGUUUAUGACAUGUUUCGCACCCGAUACACUCUCCAUCGCCAGGCCUAUCAGCACAAGAUCUGCAACAUCAUCGAAGACAUGUUUGCAGAAGCUCUCGUACAAGCUGAUCGUGAUCUUCAUGAAAGAAAACCUGAAGAUAUGCUGAAGAUUUCUGAAGCCAUAAAGACAGCAGAGGACUACAGCAAACUCACAGAUGAGAUCUUUGAGCAGAUCUCGUCCUCCACGUCUGAUAACCUGAAGGAAUCUCGAGACAUCUUGAACAAGAUCGUCAGAAGAAAACUGCCAAAGUUUGUUGGAGAAGCUCGACUGACUGAGAAAAACAUCUCAAAGGAAGAGCUGAAGAAAACAUGGAAAGCUGCAGUACAGAAGUACAAACCUACAGACCACACUGUUUCUCUGAACGCUGACGAUUUACCAGUUUAUGUGGUUGAUCUGGAUCAUGGCAUGAAGGAACAAAACCCCAUUGAAAACGUCUAUUUCUACAGCAAGAGGAAACCCAAGGAAGCUUCUGCCAUUAAGGAUUAUCAGCUGUCCAGUUUCCUGCCAAAGAGGUUUAAUGAAGAGCUGGUCAGAGUUUACUACAAAAGAACUGAUGGGAAUAAAGAGGAGGAGAUGAAGAAGGUGGAGGAGGCUGAGAAGUGCUUUCAGAUCUGGUGUGCCUCCAGUUUUGGACUCCGUUAAUGUGCAUAUGGUUUAUAAUAUAUGAUAUUUGAAUCACAAUCAGUACUGUGUCUGUAGUUGUUGUGAUACAGAUUUCCUUCUGCUGUACAUUAGAGGUUUAAUGACUAAACUACAGGGAAUAACCCUGUUGAAAUUGGAAAGAUUGAUUCA